ACCCCAUUUAUAUGAAAUAUUUAGAAUAGACAUGCUUCAAGACAAAAGUUUAUUUGUGGUUACCUGGGGCUAGAGGAAGGACCCUUGAUGGUGCAGUAGUUAAGUGUCUGGCUGCUAACCCAAAGGUGGGUGGUUCGAACCACCAGCUGCUCUGUGGGAGAAAGAUGUGCCAGUCGGCUUCUGUAAAGAUUACAGCCUGGAGACCCUCUGGGGCAGUUCAGCUGUGUCCUACAGGGUCACUAUGAGUCGGAAUCAACUUGAUGGCAACGGAGCUGGAGGAGGGAGAAAUGGGGAGCUGUUACUUAAAGGGUAUUCAGUUUCUGUUUUAGGGCGAUGAAAAGCAUUUGAAAAUGCAUAGAGGUGAUGGUUGCACAACUUGGUAAAUGUAACUAAUGUCACUGAGUUGUACACUUAAAAUGGACAAAAUGGCAAAUGUUUUUUAUAUAUUAUAUAUAUAUACAUAUGUAUUUAUAUGUUUUAAAUUUUACAGUUAAAAAAAAAGAAUAUAAUGCCUGGCAGUAAUAACUGUUGUGAAGACAGUGGAGGCAGGAUAAGGGAAUUGAGAAUGAUUGAUGCAAGGAUUAUUUCAGAUUGGGUAGUGAGGAUAGGAGCCCUGGCCGCACAGUGGUUGAGAGCCACGGCUGCUAACCAAAUGGUUGGCAGUUCGAAUCCACCAGCCGCUCCUUGGAAACACUAUCUGUGAGUUCUACUCUGUCCUAUAGGGUUGCUAUGAGUUGGAAUCGACUCAGCAGCAUUGGGCUUGGUUUUUGGAUUUUAGUCAGGAUAGGCCUCUCUGAGGAGGUGACAUUUGAUCAGAGAUGUGAAUGAGACGAGGGAGGAAAUUCUUUGUGCAUCUAGGGGAGAGAGUUUGGCAAUGGAAACUUAUCUCACUGUUGAUGGUUUGUUGGGCACCUGUUUUAGUUCACAGUCCAGUCUUGUUCUCAGUUGAUACCAUUCAUCAAGUUAUUGUGUAAUGCUUCAGACAGGGAGGGCGGGUUAGGAAUGGAACUUGAGUCUUAGGGAGUGAAUUCCCUUUAGGACUGAGUGUCUACAGAAAGAAGGGAUGUGAUGUUCAUCCAGGUAUCUUGAGGGGAACUAGAUGACCCCAUCAUUCCAGAUCUUCUGCCUCAGUUUGUUCUAAGCAUCCUCUGCAUGGGCUGCAGCACAGGGGACUUUGACAGCCUUGUCAUCGCCUAGAGUCUCUGGAAUAGUGAUUGUGCUCUACUUUCCACACAGGGUGUUUGAUUGUUUUGGAAAGCAGGGAGCCUCUUCAGGGAAACAUUUAUUUUCCAGCCUUUAGUCAGGUGAUGAGGGUAUGAAUUUUCUUUGUCUCCAGUUUCUAGGUGAAAAUAGUAGCAUUUAAGAGAUUUAUUAAUUCAUUGGAGUUAUUAAAAGGCCUUCAUUGUACCAGACACAGUACAGGGCCUUGGGGAGUCAAAGGUAACAUCACGCAGAUCCUGCACUUCAAGGGCUGACGGUUUGUCAAGUCAGACAGACAGGAAGCCAGUGAGGAUGUCUGCAUAGGGCUCUUGCUGGGGCUUUCACCGUGAGGACACGAAGGAGGACUGAGAUGUUCCGUAUCAUUCACUCACAGCUUUUUUAUCAUUUUUAUUUUAUAAAAAUUAAGCUAACAGUUCUCUUUUAAAAUACAUUUUUUCUUGGUGAAUAAUUUCCAUUUGGAUUGCUUCAUAAUGCAGUAGGGUGAAGUACAAACCUCAUGGAAACAGUGUAGAUUUUGCUGACUACAACUAUGGAAGGUAGUAUCUUUGCCAUAAAAUGAGUUAGUUGUACUCUAUUUCAACUCUUAAGGCCGUUGACCCCAGAUUUUACUGUGCUGUGAAAAAAGCUGUGUGACUUCAUCUUUAUUCUCAGUAAAAAUCAAGGCUCUGUGACACUUGCUAGAAUUAAUACGUGAGCGACAUCUUACGUGAUGUAUACCCAUGUACACCCUUCAAAAAAAGUGUUUUGAAACUCAGGUAAUCAGGAUGUUUGUAGCUGUGGGAAACAGCUGAAGUGUAACUCUAGAGUGGGUUUAAGGGUUAGAAAAUGGCAUUCCUUUAUAGGAGCCCCUCCUUUAUUCCUCUGUCAGCUUUUAGAAAUUUUUUUUUUUUGCCUGUCCUCUUCUGCAAAUUCCUUGUUUUUCCCUGUGCUAGUUUCUGGAUAAUUUUUUCAAAUCUAUCUUUUAAUUCACUCAUUCUCUAUUUGUGCCUGUUUGUCGUUGUUGUUAGGUGCCCUCAAGCCGAUUUCACCUCAUAAGACCCCAUAUUGCAGUGUAGAACUGCCCUAUAGGGUUUUCUUGGCUGGAAUCUUUACGGAAGCAGAUUGCCAGGUUUUUCCCUGUGAAGCGGCUGGGUAGGUUCAAACUGCCAGCCUUUCGGUUCCUAAGCUGCUAUUAAUUCAUCUGUUGAUUAAAAAAAAAUUCAAUGUUAUAUUUCAUUUCUAAAAGUUUUAUUUGAUUUCUUUUUCAACUCUGCCUUCUCGUUUUUAAUCUGUUGUUCUUGUCAUAUUUGUAAUUUCUUUUUUAAGCAUUUUAUACUAUUUGGUCUGUCUUCUCUAUUAUAAUUCUAGUAUCUGAAGUGUUGAGGGUCUAAACGUAUAGUUUAUUGUUUUUGAUGACUGUAAUUUUGGAGAUUGUUUCUGGUUUGUUGAAUUGUUGACUUGGAGCUCAUAUUUAGUUGAUUUUAUCCUGUGGAAACACCUGGGGAUCAAAAUUGAUAUUUUUUCCUGAGAGGAUUUGAAUUUACCUCUACUGGAAGCCAGGUCACCACCAGCCUGAGACCACUUUAGCCCUUUUAUAGUGUCUUUUUUGCCUCUAGCAGUGCUUGUUUUGGCAUCUGUUCUCUGAUAACAUCACCUUUGUGAGUGUUUUCCAUUCAGAGUUUCAGUUUCAAUUUCAUGGUUUUGAGUCUUUUGUUUGUUUGUCCCUUGGAGGUUUCAUGUAUUUCUGAAAAUGCAAAUAACAUUUUUUUUUUUAUGGAGAAUCAGCUUGGGUGGAACGGCCGUCAGAGUAUCUGCCUUACUUGAGAUCUCUAAAUGAUUUUUAUUAGUAGUGGAAAUAGUGGCGUGCUGCUUUAAAAAUUAUGAAAGGCAUAUUCAGGAAGAGGUUGAUUCUAAAACGAAGUUUGAAGGUCCAUGGAAGCGCGAGGAGCCUAGAAAGAUUGUGCAAUGAAUGGUGACCCUCAGGCUGCCGUGGUGACCUCACCACCACCGACCACAGCCCCUCACAAGGAGAGAUAUUUUGACAGGGUGGAUGAGAAUAAUCCAGAAUACUUACGAGAGAGGAACAUGGCACCAGACCUUCGCCAGGACUUCAAUAUGAUGGAACAGAAGAAGAGGGUGUCCAUGAUCCUGCAGAGUCCAGCUUUCUGUGAAGAAUUGGAAUCAAUGAUACAGGAGCAAUUUAAGAAGGGGAAGAAUCCCACAGGCCUCUUGGCCUUACAGCAGAUUGCGGAUUUCAUGACCACCAAUGUCCCGAACGUCUACCCAGCAGCUCCGCAGGGAGGGAUGGCUGCCUUAAACAUGAGCCUUGGGAUGGUGACUCCUGUGAACGACCUGAGAGGAUCCGACUCCAUAGCGUAUGACAAAGGGGAGAAAUUGUUGCGCUGUAAACUGGCAGCGUUUUACAGAUUAGCAGAUCUCUUUGGGUGGUCCCAGCUUAUUUACAAUCAUAUCACGGCCAGAGUGAGCUCUGAGCAGGAGCACUUCCUCAUUGUACCUUUUGGACUUCUUUACAGCGAAGUGACUGCUUCCAGCUUGGUUAAAAUCAAUCUACAAGGAGAUGUAGUAGAUCGCGGAAGUACUAAUCUAGGAGUCAAUCAAGCUGGCUUCACCUUACAUUCCGCAAUUUAUGCUGCCCGACCGGACGUUAAGUGCAUCGUUCAUAUCCACACACCAGCAGGGGCAGCGGUGUCUGCGAUGAAGUGUGGCCUCUUGCCAAUCUCCCCGGAGGCACUGUCCCUCGGAGAAGUGGCUUAUCACGACUAUCAUGGGAUUCUCGUUGAUGAGGAGGAGAAAGUUUUGAUUCAGAAAAAUUUGGGACCUAAAAGUAAGGUCCUCAUUCUCCGAAAUCAUGGGCUCGUCUCUGUUGGAGAGACUGUUGAGGAGGCGUUCUAUUACAUUCACAACCUUGUGGUUGCAUGUGAGAUCCAGGUCCGUACACUGGCCAGCGCGGGAGGACCAGACAACCUCGUUCUGCUGGACCCCGGGAAGUACAAAGCCAAGUCCCGGUCCCCAGAGUCUCCGGCAGGGGAGGGGAGCACCGGAUCGCCUCCCAGGUGGCAGAUUGGGGAGCAGGAAUUCGAAGCCCUCAUGCGGAUGCUCGAUAAUCUGGGUUACAGAACUGGCUACCCUUACCGAUACCCUGCUCUGAGAGAGAAAUCUAAAAAGUACAGCGAUGUGGAGGUUCCUGCUAGUGUCCCGGGUUACUCCUUUGCUAGUGACGGUGAUUCGGGCACCUGCUCCCCCCUCAGACACAGUUUUCAGAAGCAGCAACGAGAGAAGACAAGAUGGCUGAACUCUGGCCGGGGCGAUGAUGCUUCUGAGGAAGGGCAGAAUGGAAGCAGUCCCAAGUCGAAGACUAAGUGGACUAGAGAGGAUGGACAUAGAGUCUCCACCUCUGCCGUCCCUAACCUGUUCGUUCCAUUGAACACUAACCCAAAAGAGGUCCAGGAGAUGAGGAACAAGAUCCGAGAGCAGAACCUGCAGGACAUUAAGACGGCCGGCCCUCAGUCCCAGGUUUUGUCUGGUGUAGUGAUGGACAGGAGCCUCGUCCAGGACGCACCCCUCUCUGACUGUACGGAAACUAUCGAAGGGCUCGAGCUUACAGUGCAGACCUUUAGCCCUGCUAAGUCUCUCUGUUUUAGAAAGGGGGAGCUGGUAACCGCCUCCAAGGCCAUCAUUGAGAAGGAGUACCAACCCCACGUGAUUGUGAGCACCACAGGCCCCAACCCCUUCAACACGCUCACUGACCGCGAGCUGGAGGAGUACCGUCGCGAGGUGGAGCGGAAGCACAGGGGCUCGGAAGAGAACGUGGACGAGACUAGAGAGCAGAAAGACAAGAGCCCUCCAGACCCCCCUGCUGCACCCCAGACCCCCCCCAGCACCCCCAUCAAGCUCGAGGAAGACCUGCCGCAGGAGCAGACUGUGAGAGAUGACAGUGAUGCUGCCGCCCUCAAGCCGACUCUCCCUGACCUCUCCCCUGAUGAGCCUUCAGAAGCGCUUGGCUUCCCGACGUUAGACGAGGAGGAGGAAGAGGGUCUUGGGGAAGCCCCCGACCCUCAGAGCCCUCCCAAGUCACCCCUGGCAGCCAGCCCCGAGCCAGCCCCAGCCCAGGUGGCUGAAGAGGCUGCCUCUCCAGCUGCCGAGGAAGGGGCUGCCGUGGACCCUGGCAGUGAUGGGUCCCCAGGCAAGUCCCCUUCUAAAAAGAAGAAGAAAUUCCGCACGCCUUCCUUCCUGAAGAAGAGCAAGAAGAAGAGCGACUCCUGA